UCCGCAUAGGUUGCAGAGCAUGGACUUAUUGAUAGCUGAAGUUUUAUUAAUUGCGCUCUCAGUGCUUUGUGUUAAAAAAGGUUUUGCCACUGAAAAGAAAUGGAUAAGAGAGUCAACUUUCGAUGACAAGUUUCCAAUCUCUGGGUUAAAUCUCCUUUCCCGAAGUCGAAUUCACUGCGGCAAAGUUUGUUCGGAAAAUGACACAUGCGUCUCGUUCUUCUAUGCACCUGGACAAAUUGGGAGCUGUCAAUUGCAUGACCAAAUACUUAACUCUGUCGAAGGACUAUCGCAAGUCAACAAAGCAACAUACUAUGUACUGGACGGAGCACAACCGACUUUCCCGCCAUUUACAUGCCCACCUGAUGAAACUGUGUUUAGAACAGUUCUACUCAGCGACGGAAAUCCUUUUACUUACAAAGUGAUAAAGACACUGGCAACACAGACCGCAGCACGUGAAGAAUGUGCUGAGCAAGGCUCAUAUCUUGCACGUGUAACAACCGUUGCAGAAAUGGAAAUGCUUUUAAACCUAUUAAUAAACUGCACAGGUUACAAUGAUUCAACUGAUUAUUAUGUUGAUGGUCGCAACGACCAUGAUGACGAAGAAGAAUCCUGGGCUAUGUUAAAUGGAGACCCUGUGCCGAUGUCUAAUGACUUCUGGGGAUAUUCCUACCCGAAUAAUCCAGAGACUCAACAUUGUUUACGCAUGCGCGCAGAAGUGAAUUUUAUGUGGGACGAUUGUGAAUGCAGCAAAACGUUUUAUUUUAUUUGUGAAAAAUAAAGAAGUUUAUUAUUCAGACAACGUAUUCGAGUAAUGAAGUUUGUAAUAAAUAUUGGCAUGUGUUUUCCAGCUUCAAAAGGUCAGUGCAUUGUCGGAGUUUAAUUCAAGCAAGAAUUUUCAUGGAAAAAUCUUUUCUUGCUUCGCUCGUUAUAGUAAUGCAUACUUUAACUAAAACUAUCACUACUGGCUUGCUUUAAAACAAUUU